UUAUUCUCCCCGUUCAAGCGUACGCAAUCGAUUUCCCCUCUUCUAUCAGCUUAUGCCUGAGUUAUCAUGUCCUCGUUGCUCACGCCGUGGCUCUUGCCAGGUCUCACAUCAAGCCGAUCUCUGACUUGUUUUUGUUUUUCUGUUCUGAAUGGUUGCUGAUACUCUGGCUCGCUGUUUGGUGGCCCUUCUUCGCUCACAUGCCACUCAACAUCCAACUCUCGCUGCUAUCGUCGACAGAUUGUAUGCGUUAUCUGGUGUGCAAGCACUUUUGGAGACCAUUCGGGUGCCCGAAAGAACUUCAGGGUCACCUAGUCUAAAGCGCGCGCUAAAGCGAUGCUUUUACCGAGUUGGCGGGGUUCGCGACAGCGCCAUGGCGGCUUGCGAGGCUUGUUAUGUUCUAUUGGGUGAUCUGCUUUGCUACUAUUGUAAGUGUAUGCCAGGCACAAGCAUUGCAAAAUACGACGACAGAACCAAGUUACAAGACCCAGAAUAUGAAGUUUGCUAUCAGCUUAUCUGGAUUUUCAUGGAUAUUAUGGCCGUUGCUUGUUUAGUACAAUGGCUCCCAGUGCAGAUUGAUUAUCCUCAGCAAGGAUCCAGGAAAUGGCUAAAACACAAUUUGAGAAAUGCUCUCUAAGUAUUGAGAGGGUUCCUUUGGGUCCUGGUUCUUGGUGCAGAUUGCUGGUGGAUAAGCACAGGAGGGGUGCAUCAACACAUUAAAGAAGUCCUCAUUGCUCAGAUUGUUUCUCAGGUUAUUGGUAACAUGCUUACAAGCAUGGGUAAUCGUCCGGUUACAAGCAUGGGUAAUCGUCCGGUGACAGUGAAACUGCAUUAUACGACAGUACUCUUUUGAAUUUUGGAGUAAUACUCCGUGACUAUUCAGAACUCAUAGAUUUAGAUUAUAUUAAACACUAAAAGCCAGAAACAUCUUCGAUGAGGUAUGCACCUGACACAACAUCUGAUGGAAGUUCCGAUGAAUCGGAAUUAGCUAAACAUCGCACUACAAGACAAAGGCGUCGUCCCAAGGAAAACAGGUCAUCCCAAGUGGUUGCCAAUGUGGAAAGUUCAAGAAAAUCAACAAAAUUGCGUGAGCAAUUGUCGGACGUUUUUAAUAAGUAUGUGGAAGGAAUCAAAAGUCUACAAACGACUCCUGGAAAUCAAUUCAAAACAUUUUGAUCCUGAUCGACCUAUCAAAAAGUUUGAGGAUGAAAUCUUUGCACUGAUUAUUUCCGAAGUUUGUGGGAUUAAUUGCGGUUUUGCUUGGGCUUAUACAUUUGCAAAUGUUGGGGUAGAAGGGUGGCACUUAAUGGUAUUGAGUAAACCUGAGGAGGAAUGUUGGGCACUUAAAAUUUUUCACAUGGUUUAUACAACGCUAAUGUUGUGGAUCGUGACUAUAUCCUUCAAAAUUGUCAAGCCUUUCUUGACGAUGAUUGUAUAUCAAGCUAUUUUCCAGGGAUCUUAAAUGCAGAAGGCACUGACCCUAAUUUAAAUGAAAACUCCAGGAGGCUGCACAGUGUAAUGAAAUUGGUCGAGAAACAAUUGGAGACCAAGGUGGUUGAAGAAGAUCCUGAGCUUAUGCAAAUAUAUGUUGCACUUGGAAAGUCUGCAUCGAGUGCCAUCAAGAACGCUCCAGGAUUUAAAUCUCUACGGACGGCGCUUAUCAAAGAAUUUGUACAGAUCAAAUGGUCAAAGAUAGGCAUUUUUCUCACCAUUGUCUACCUCACCGCAGGUACGUGGCUCUACCUUGUGAACAAUCGAGACGCAUCACUGCAAUGGUUUCGCAGUGCACUUGGCUCUGGCAUGAUUGUUCUCCUUCAAGGAACAGCCAAGACACCAAGCCAGUUCAAUCGCUGCAUUAAUAUGGCAUUUUUUAUUCUGAUAAGCAUUGGCUUGCACGCCGUUAUUGGUGUCUUUGAUCAUUAUGGGAACUGGUUUGUCAGAUGACGCGGCCGUAUAUGGAGUAGCCUUUGGAUCACUUGGUUGUUUCCCAUGCUAGAGUACAAAUUAUGUGGACAGUAUAGAUAUGGAACAACUUUUGUUACAUUUCUCACAUUUUUUGGAAGGAUGAUAGAUGGUACUGGAGGAGUUAUCUUUGCCAUAUUCUUUCAGAAUUAGUAAGACUCUUGAAUCACCAGGCAACCAUUCAGUCAACACUUGUUUUCAGCAAUUUGUAGCUAGUUCAUUGCCCCAUGGAAACCCGCACAUGGAGCUGCAGGCAGAGUGCUGGACAGAAUUCUACACUUGACGUUGCUGGAACGUGACCGCUACGGAGGAAGUUAAUUGAUACAGCUGGGCUACUGGAAUCUAAGCCACAUCAAAGUUCCGCUCAGCUUUCAAGUUUAAUUGCAAUAGACUAGAUAACUGUCUAAGCAGUGCAGCAGUAAGGUGGUUAUUGGUUGUAACCCACGGAAGACUGGAGCGAGACAAUAUCCACGAGCAGGGUUCGAGGGAGGCAUCAACACCCUCAAAAUAGGGAUGUUGUUUGUUCCCACACCCAUCUCCUACCUCAUGUUUCAUUAGGUGAAGAGGAUAGUGUGCAUGCUCCUCUUUGUUAGCCGGUUGUUAUGAAUUUAAUUGAGUGCAGGCUUACUUCCAUGAUAAAGUCAGACUUCAGCACUUGCUGCAUUUUCUUCUUAGCAAUUGAGAUCGACCCCUUGUUACGUCUUCUACUUAAUGAUGAAGCGGCUAUGGUACUUGUAGUUUGAGCCCUUGAUCAUGCAACCUCUUCUACGGCAACUGAAGGGAAUAUAGUGACCCGUUUUAAGCUCA